GGGCAAAACUGGAAAAACAAAUAAAAACAAUUUGGCUGCUUACGUCAUCGUGACUAGUUCUUAGUUAUCCAAAAAUAAUCUUCAGAAAGCUGUCUUUUUAUUUAGCUCUCUCGAUCACAUAAACUCUGUUUCUAACUUCCGAUUCUUAGCAAGUUCUGCAGGGUUUUGUUCGUUUGGUCGAGAACUAUGAAGAAAGUGUGUCUCUUUAUGAUCCUUGUCUGCUUAAACGCAGCGUCGUUUCUAGUGUCUGCUGAGUCACAAACGUGUCCUGCUGAUUUGGGAGGGAAGUGCAGUGAUUCUGAUGAUUGGCAAGGAGAGUUCUUCCCUGGAAUCCCUCAGAUUAAAUAUGAGGGACCUGCUAGCAAGAACCCACUUGCUUACAGGUGGUAUAACGCUGAAGAGGAGGUUCUUGGCAAGAAAAUGAAGGAUUGGUUUAGAUUCAGUGUUGCGUUUUGGCAUACAUUCCGUGGGACUGGAGGUGACCCAUUUGGUGCUGCUACUAAGUAUUGGCCCUGGGAAGAUGGUACCAACUCUGUCUCUAUGGCUAAGAGAAGAAUGAGAGCCAACUUUGAGUUCUUGAAGAAACUUGGAGUUGAUUGGUGGUGUUUCCAUGACAGAGACAUUGCCCCUGAUGGCAACACUCUUGAGGAAUCUAACAAAAAUUUGGAUGAGGUUAUCGAACUCGCCAAAGAACUCCAAAAGGGAAGCAAGAUCAGACCAUUGUGGGGAACAGCUCAGCUAUUCUUGCAUCCUCGUUACAUGCACGGAGGAGCAACCAGCUCUGAGGUUGGAGUCUAUGCUUACGCCGCUGCUCAGGUGAAGAAAGCCAUGGAAGUGACACAUUACCUGGGAGGUGAAAACUAUGUUUUCUGGGGUGGCCGUGAAGGUUACCAGACGCUCUUGAACACUGAUAUGGAAAGAGAGCUUGAUCAUAUGGCCAGGUUCUUUGAAUCUGCUGUUGCUUACAAGAAGAAGAUUGGAUUCAACGGCACGCUUUUAAUCGAGCCAAAGCCUCAAGAACCGACCAAGCACCAGUAUGACUGGGAUGCUGCAACAGCUGCCAACUUCCUGAGGAAAUAUGGUCUUAUUAACGAGUUUAAACUCAACAUUGAGUGUAACCACGCCACGCUCUCUGGUCACACGUGUCAUCACGAGCUUGAAACUGCGAGAAUCAAUGGUUUACUUGGGAACAUUGAUGCAAACACUGGCGAUGCUCAAACUGGAUGGGAUACAGAUCAGUUUCUAACAGAUGUUGGAGAAGCAACCAUGGUUAUGAUGAGUGUCAUAAAAAAUGGUGGGAUUGCUCCAGGAGGCUUCAACUUCGACGCCAAACUGAGAAGAGAGAGUACAGAUGUUGAAGACUUGUUCAUUGCUCAUAUUAGUGGAAUGGACACAGUCGCUCGUGGACUGAGAAAUGCAGCCAAGAUCUUGGAGGAGGGACGUCUAAGUGAAUUGGUGGGCAAGAGAUACUCAAGUUGGGACUCUGAACUUGGGAAGCAAAUAGAAGAAGGCAAAGCUGAUUUUGAGUAUCUUGAAAAGAAGGCUAAAGAGUUUGGAGAACCAAAGGUUCCUUCUGCUAAACAGGAACUUGCUGAGAUGAUCUUCCAGUCAGCAAUGUAAUAGUAGUAGUGGCAGAAGUUGAAGUAAAGACUCUCUCUCUUAUCUCUGAGAAGUUUGAAAAAUAAAGGAUUAAAACGAUGAUUAGAGAGAUGUUGGUUUUAAUUAGUUUCAGUUUAUGUACUACCUUCACACUUAAGUUAAAUAAAAAACUGUUUGGGCCUUGAACUC